AUGAGUGGUGUUGAAUAUGAAGCAGGAAGGGAUGAGUGGAGAAGAGAAAUAAGUAGUCUUUUGUUUUGGAUAGAGCGUUUGUUUCUAAUUCUAGUUUUGGUGUUCCCAACAUAUUUGACACUUCUCAUCGUCCCUCUCAUUCUCUCCACUACUCUUUUGGCAUUACCCUUCUUCUUAUUCUUCUGUCCUCAUCUCUCUUCCGUUGGACCAUCUGGUAUUGGAGGAUUCUGGCUGUUUCUAUUGGACCGCUCCACGUUUUACUUAGGCCUUGAGUACUCUAAACUGUUGGCUAAAGGAUUUGAGCUCGCCUUCCUUUGGCGCCUCACCGUUUUCCUCUCCCUCGUGGUCCACUCCAUUUACAUCGCCGACCACCUCCUUAGAUCUCAUCCUCCUCCGGCUCCGACUUCCACCGAUGAAGGUGAUGUGAGCAAGGAACUUAAGGAGCUAGUGGAAGAUGGGAAGAAGAUGAUGACAGAUAUGGAGCACAUGAUCCACUCAGGUCUUGAAACUCUUCGACGUGAUGAUGGCAAGACAUAUAAUGCGGAUGUUGUGAAGUGCCCAGAGCUUGCAACUCAGAGAGACAGCAUCCUGGCAGAGCUCCUAGAUGACCUGAGAUCUAAAGUCGACGAGGAUAUCAGAUCUUCGAGACAAUAUUUCAACAAGGACGUGAAAUCUGUCGCCGACCAACUCCACGAGACCUACCUUGUCGUCCAAGAAACCGCCAAAGACGCCAAGGCUAGAGCCGACAAGGCCCACGAGACCUACCGUGUGCAAAGCAAGAGAGGGAUGAUAAGAGGAGAGGACGUGGAGGGGUUUGUGGAGCUAAAGGAGCAAGUGCGGAGAAUAUCGGUAGAGGCGGAGAUAGCGGCGGAGGAGCUCUCACGUGUGGAGGCGGGGAUCCAGCAAUGGGAGGAGGACAAUGCCCACUACUUAGCCUCCCUCCCUCUCUUAUAUUGCAAUCAUAACUAA